AUGGCCGGCGGCGGCCCGGCGUGUAAAAACCACUGCCACGGGUCUCAUCGACCUCAUAUGCACAGUUGUCAUGGCACCCAUGGGAAUAAAGAUGUGCCGGUGCUACCAGGACCACCUCCCAUUGUGGAAGACCCCAGCACCUGUGACAUUGUCAAGGCCACACAGUACGGGCUAAUAGAGCGAUGUAAAGAACUGGUAGAAGCAGGAUAUGAUGUUCGACAACCUGACAAAGAAAACGUGACUCUUCUUCACUGGGCAGCGAUAAACAACAGACAGGAGCUGGUUAAAUACUAUAUUUCCAAAGGUGCAGUAGUGGAUCAGCUAGGUGGAGAUUUGAAUUCCACCCCCCUUCACUGGGCCAUUAGACAAGGACACCUACCUAUGGUGAUAUUAUUGCUGAAAUGUGGAGCAGAUCCCAGUCUGAUUGAUGGGGAAGGAUUCAGCAGCAUUCAUUUAGCAGUGCUGUUUCAACACAUGCCCAUCAUAGCUUACCUCAUAUCAAAGGGCCAGAAUAUAGAUGCAACAGACUUGAAUGGACAGACACCUUUGAUGUUAUCAGCACAAAAAUCCAUUGGACCAGAACCCACGAGGUUUCUCUUAAAGUUUAACCCCUCUCUCAAUGCUGUAGACAGUGUUCAAAAGAACACUGCACUGCACUGGGCAAUAACAUCAGGAAAUAGCAGUGCAGUGGAUCUGUUGCUGGAAGCUGGUGCUAGCCUGGAUGUAAAAAAUGCCAAGGGAGAGACACCACUUGACCUUGCUUAUCAAAGUCUGAAUCGCUUUGUGGUUUAUAUGGUGAAAGAGGAAGAAAGAAUGAGAAGCAGAAGAAACAGCAGGUUACUGAAAAUAAUAGAGAAAUAUGAGGUCAUCCUGCUGCUGGCAUCUUCCUUGGCACUGAUAUGGGCUGUAGGAUAUGUAAUGAACUUAAGUUCUGAUUCUUGGCUUCUGAAAGGAGGACUGCUUCUCUUGCUGCUAUUUGGGAUGGCUCUGUUUGUGAGGCAAUGUGUGGGGCUCAAAAAUUUAAGGUACCUUCCCACAGCAUUUCUGUUAAGUUCAAUCUUUUGGAUGUCCAUUACCUGUUUUUUCUGGCUCCUGCCUCAUGUAACCACCACAACUCUUGAAAUCCCUGCCUUGUUCAGUCUGCUGGGGCUUCUUUAUUAUUUCUAUAAAACUUGGAGAACUGAUCCUGGAUAUGUUAAGACCUCAGAAAAAGAAAGAAAAGAGAACAUUGCAGCCCUUGCAGAAGCAGGUUGCUUGGACUUCAGAACGUUUUGCACAUCAUGUCUUGUGAGGAAGCCUUUGAGAUCUAUGCAUUGCCUUGCCUGUGAUUCAUGUGUGGCUAGAUAUGAUCAGCAUUCUCUGUGGAUUGGACAGUGCAUAGGCAUUGGGAACCACCGUUACUACCUGCUGUUCCUCUCCUUCCUGACUAUGACUGGUGUCUGCCUGCUUUAUGGAACUCUGCUGUAUUGGUCAAACUAUUGUGCAACAAGUUAUCAUCAGGAUGGAGCCUGGAUGUACUUCACCCAGAUAACUCUGUGUUCUCCCUGGGUCUCCUACAUCUUUGCCAUAGGCUGUUUCCAUACGAUGUGGGCUUCGCUGUCAGUAAUGAUUCAGCUUUAUCAGAUCGCGUUCUUGGGAUUGACCUCACAUGAAAGAAUGAACCUUCUGACACAGAGAAAAUCUUCUAAGCAUCCUCUGUCACUCAGGAGAACUCCAUACAAUCUUGGAUGCUUCCAGAAUCUUGCAGACUUUUUUCAGUGUGGUUGCUUUGGGAUGUUCAGACCCAAUGCAGUUGACUGGACCAAGCAGUACAACCUUUUUCAUCUGGCAAAGGAGAAAAAUGUCCAUUCUGUAUGAAGUGUUGCUGAGUUGAAAGCUAAAUAAAAGUGGAUAUUUUGUGAAUUUUUACAAA